GGCGCUCUCAGGCCCGGGCUAACCACAGCACCCUUCGCCUCCGAUGCCUUGUGCCAGGGAAGACAGCGCAAGCUCCUGCUGGGUGGCACGGGUGGUCUCGGGUGAGCCUUAUCCCUGGAGGCGCUGCCGGAGCAGGGGCCCCUGCGCCAUGGGGACUGGAGUCUGGGGCAGCGGCUGGACUUGGAGCUGGCAGAUGCUGUUGCUCCUAGUGACUUCUUGCCUGGAGCCGGCAGCCGGCCAGCUGCGCUACUCUGUCCCCGAGGAGCUGGAGCACGGCGCCUUUGUGGCUAACAUCGCCGAGGACCUCGGUCUGGACGUGUCCAAGCUGUCGACGCGGCGGUUCCGCAUAGUGUCCCGGGCAGGCACCAAGCAGCACCUGGAGGUGAACUUGGAGAACGGGAUCCUCUUCGUCAACGAGAAGAUCGAUCGCGAGGAGGUGUGCGAGGCCGGCGGGGCCUGCCUCCUGCACCUGCAGCUGGUGAUCGAGAGCCCACUGGCGCUGUACCGCGUGGAGGUGGAGGUGCUGGACAUCAACGACAACGCGCCCAGCUUCCCCUGGCCGGAGUAUGUGCUGGAGGUGACCGAGUCGGCGCUGCCGGGGGCCCGCUUCCCGCUGGAGAGCGCGCAAGACCCGGACGUGGGCACCAACUCCCUGCGCACCUACCAGCUCAGCCCCAACGGCUUCUUCUCCCUCGAGGUGCAGACCCGCAGCGACGGCAGCAAGUUCGCGGAGCUGGUGCUGGAGCGAGCCCUGGACCGCGAGCAGCAGCGCAGCCACCGCAUGCUGCUCACGGCCCUGGACGGCGGCCUCCCGGAGCGCUCGGGCACGGCCGGAAUCCUAGUCACCGUGCUGGACGCCAACGACAACGUGCCGGCCUUCGACCAGCCCUCCUACGGGGUAAGCCUGCCCGAGGACGCGCCCCCAGGCACGCUGGUCAUCAAGCUCAACGCCACGGACCUGGACGAGGGCACGAACGGCGAGAUCGAGUUCUCCUUCAGCGGCCACGCGCCGCCCCGGGUGCGCCAGCUCUUCAGCGUGGAGCCGCGCAGCGGGCAGGUGCGCCUGGCAGGCCCGCUGGACUACGAGCGCGCGCGCCUGCACGAGCUCUACGUGCAGGCCAAGGACCGCGGCCCCUCGGCGGUGGCCGUGCACUGCCGGGUGCUGGUGCACCUGCUCGACGUCAACGACAACGCGCCGGAGGUGAGCCUCACCUCGGUCUCCACGCCCGUGCUGGAGGAUGCGCCGCCGGGCACCGUGAUCGCCGUGAUCAGCGUGCUGGACCGGGACUCCGGAGACAACGGGCAGGUGAGCUGCGAGAUCCCCCACAACGUGCCCUUCCAGCUCCAGGCCGCCUUCCACAACUACUACACGCUGGUCACUACCGCGGCGCUGGACCGCGAGGCCGUGCCCGAGUACAACGUCAGCAUCACGGCGCGGGACAUGGGCUCGCCCGCGCUGCUCACCAGGAAGACCCUGACCGUCCAGGUGUCCGACAUCAACGACAACGCACCCCGCUUCCUGCAGCCCUCCUACAGCGUCUAUGUGCUGGAGAACAACGCCCCGGGCGCCUCCAUCUGCUCCGUCAGCGCCCUGGACCCCGACUGCCGGCAGAACGCCUACCUGUCCUACUCUAUUGCCGAGGGGCACAUCCAGGGCAUGCCCGUGGCCACCUACGUCUCCAUCAACUCGGACAGCGGGCACAUGUACGCGCUGCGCUCGCUGGACUACGAGCAGAUCCGCAACUUCCAGGUGCAGGUGCAGGCCCAGGACGCGGGCUUCCCCCCGCUCAGCAGCAAUGUCACCGUCAACGUCUUCGUCCUGGACCAGAAUGACAACGCACCGGUCAUCGUCUCGCCCGUGCCCCGCAAUGGCUCGCUUGCCACAGAUGUGGUGCCCCGCUCGGCCGACCCCGGCUACCUGGUGGGGAAGGUGUCUGCCCUAGACGCGGACUCCGGGCAGAAUUCCCGGCUCUCCUACCAGAUCCUGCAGGCUACUGACCCCAGCCUCUUCAGCGUGGCCCUGUACACUGGCGAGCUUCGCACCAUCCGAGCCUUCCUGGACAAAGAUGCCACCAGGCAGCGCUUGGUCAUCCAGGUGCGGGACAACGGGCAGCCGCCGCUCUCCGCCUCAGUGUCCCUACUGCUGUCUGUGGUGGAGAGCGUGCCCGAGACGCUGUCCGAUUUCAACGAGCUCUCCCUGAACCCCGAGCUCUCCUCCUCCACGCUCACCCUCUACCUCAUCGUCUCCCUGGGAUCCGUGUCUUUCACCUUUCUGGUGGCCAUCAUCAUCCUCAUGGCCAUCAAGUGCCACAAGGACCGGCACUCCCUGCAUGGCUACGGUUGCUCCCUCCCCGCCUGCUGCUGCGUGAAGGCCGGGGCCACAGCCGACGACUUCAAAAAUUCCAACAUCAAGCCCCAACUCUCCUCGGGCAACAAAGUGCCCACCAACUGCCUGGAAGGGGCGGGCAGCGGCCCUCCCGGCUACUGCUACAAAGUCUGCCUGACUCCAGAGUCCGCCAAGAGCGACUUCAUGUUCCUAAAGCCCUACAGCCCAAGUCCCCCGAGGAACAACGAGAAAGCCGCCGAGAACUUACCAGGGCCGGGAAGGAAGCCCCAAGCGGUCAAUAACACCGUCAGAGCCGCCAGCCAGAUCAAACAGCCCAAUACGGACUGGCUGCCUACAAAAACCCCGCGAUCAGCCCUGAAAAGUUCACAGAGUCUGGAGGACGUAGGGGGAGUCCGCAGAGGAGUCCAGAAAGAGCACGACAGGCUACGUACCCUGGUCACUCCAGUCUCUGAAUUCCAGAAAGCAUCCGGGGCCUCCAACAGCAUUUGGACCCCCAGAUACGGCCCCCUGUACCCUCCGCACAUUCCGCCUCUGGAUUACCAGCACAACGUUUAUAUACCAGGGACCCCAACCAUGGUGGCAAACAAGGAGGGGCCCCGCUGCCUGGAUCCGGAGGACAAGAACAGCUUCUCCACUUUUGGAAAGAGGAAGAAAAUGGCCACCUAUUGCGACAUAGGCGACAGUAUGAUUAUCAACAAUGACCUAAAAUAAUGGCUGCCAGACCAGAGCGCCGGGCCGGGGCAGCUCUGUUCAUGUUCCUGGAGAAGCUGAGAUGGGAUCAGUUGCCUUUCCAGCCUGCAGCUUUCAUACAGUGCAGGAAGCAGUGGGGUCCAAGUGCCCUCCUUGCUAAUCUGCUGAACAGUGUGAUGCGAAGACAUUGCCUGCAGCCCAGGUAUCCAUUAUUGUAAUUAACCAAGUCCAGUCUCCGGUCUGCAGCUGGACAGAAGAGGAGAUGGAUUUGCAGCACUUGAACCGAGAGAAGGAAUGAAAUGGGAGACUGGACGAAUGACAUUAAGAUUCUUCUCAUGUCAUUCUGCAGGGGCGGUAGCUGGUCUGUGUAUUGGUGGGGACAUGACCUUUUAGUAGUGGGUGUGAGGAUUACACGAAGAAUUUGCCUUGUGUUAAACACAUCCCCAUGCAGACUUAUUCUGGGGGCCGAAAAUCCAAGCAGCCCUCGGUCUUCAUUUCAAGAAGCCUUUUAGCAAGUUCCAUGUUGUAACUAUUGUAACUUCUUUCCUUGUGAGGCUGUGUGAAGGUAUCAAGUACACGUGUUUGUUUCUGACCGUUGAACGCACUAGAAGGGCUGCAAAAUGCCAUGUUAAAAUCAAGACGGCUGAGAGAGCUACUCGGUUUAAAGCAAACCUAGAUAGUACCUGGGUAGGAAGAACGCUCCAUAAAUUAAGGAGUUAUGGAAUACUGUAACAAUUUCUUAGACCUGGAGCACAGAUCAGUUACAGGAGAGACAUGGAGGCAGCGCACAUCAUGCUAAACCCAGCCCAUUGUUUCUGGCCUCACUGACAGAUAAAAAACAUAACAAACAACUGCCCGGUGUUGUAAUUUUUGAUCCUCUCAUCUGAACGCAGAUCUCAUCUGGGAAGACAGGUUUUUAUUAUUAAUAUUAUAACUAAAAGUUUCCAGGAUCUAAGAGUUCUUAAAGAGAGAGUUUAUGGGCAAGUCUCGCGUUCCCAGGCAAGGGACCCACACCUCCUCCUCUUUGUGGUCUGUGAUGUGGAAGGGGGAUGGGAUGGAGACUGGGCAGCCAGGGGACGCACAGAGUGGGGCUAUAUCAUCUUUUCUACGUAGCCUUCCUCAGGAAUCUCAGGAGCACUGAAGGCAGAGACCCUGGUUAUGGUACCAGAGUCUUAAUGAAGCCAAAUUACCAUUUAGCCUGGGACUCCGCAUGGGGGUCACAUAUGGUACAGGGGCUCAGUCUUCUACCUGAAUAGCGUUUGCCUCCUGCAAGCCCCUGGAAUCCUCUACAUUUAGGGGAAGGUUCUGCUGUCUUAUUCACCAAUAACAGCCCCCUUGGUGAUGACUGUAGGGUGGAUCUCAGCGAGAUUUCCUUCCCCAGAGCCCACUUUUGUUUUUUCCCCUAUGAGACGUGUAAAAAAUAAACUCCCCUUUUUGACUGGUGAGCGGUAGAGUGGGACCCAUCUUUAGAAGGGGUGAUGAUCUCCUGCACACAAGCACAUCACCGCUCUAGCUGCCCUGGCAGAUCAAAGAGAAGUUUUCACUCCACUCCACGUUGCUUUUUAAGGCAUUAAACACACAAUCAGGCAGAAUCCCAAAUCAAAAACAGCUCUGCCCACCUCCUACAAACUCCUCUGUUAGUUAUACUCAGCCUAGAGCCCGAAGAGUAUAUUUCCUCUGAGAAACUCAACCGAAGAUGAUUGUCCACCACCAUCGAGAAAGUCCAAGCUCGUUCAAAUUUGCCACGCAGGUGGGAGUGGGGACACAGCUCAGAUCAGGCGAUUCUAGUUUUAUCUUGCUUGGGACUAGCCCCCAAGAUCCCAAAGAUCUCUGAAUCUGAAUCUCCUCUUUGUUGACAGAUUUGAACUGACAAACCUAUUAAAAAUAACACAGAGGAACAAUUUUCCUGGAGAGCUAUGUUGGUCUGUGGGCAUGGAAACCGUGUGGAGAAGUGUGCCAGAGACACAGAAGGAAGAUUGCUAGGCUUUUGAAUUGCAGCUCAUUUCGAACAAUACAAGCAGUGCAUGAGAAAUUCCCUUUCAGCAAGUAGCCUUUGUUUCACAGUGUUUGCUUUAUACUAAUAACGUAUUUUAAUAGCUCAGACAGCUCUAUGGCUUUUCUGAUGGGCAACAAACAGCAGCCACGCUGGCAACAGUUCCUCCCCGUUUUAUUUUUCACCUUUCAUUGGGCAGAAUAUUAUCGUCGUCUCCGAGUGGGGACUUGGCCAAAGCUUGCUGGAGAUCUUUUAAAGCUCUGUAAUUUGCCGUAUUUACUAUAUUGGAUGCUAGCAAUAUUAAAAUACUUCAUCUUGUCGUUUCCACGGAAGAGCCCUUGCUUUCCUUUUAAAAUCUCUGCUGUGUGCACUAUUGCAUUCUUCACCUGCGCGGCUUCCGUUCAGAGAUGGCUGCAGUAUCCCUGUACAUACUUCGCUGAACUCUUGGCCCCUUCAACCACUUCGGUGGUAACAGGGGCAGCUCUGUGUCUUUUGCAGCCCCAAGCAAGGCAGUCAGGCGGCUUUCGGAGGCGCGCCUGAGGGAGGUCCGCCGGUCCCGCUCCUUCGCCUACCAGCCGCCGAAUUAGCGUGGGACCCCCGGACCUCCCG